AUGAGAAAGCGCAGCGGCCCGGGACAGCCUCCUGCUCGCCGCCCCGCCGCGGGCUCCCGGGCCCCGCGGGGGCCGAUCCUCCUCCCCCCCGCGCCUGCAGCCCAGCCCGCGGGGGGCGCAGCGCCGAGUCCCGCCCGCCAGCCCCGGGACAGCCCGCCUGGCGCGCGGGGCUCUACGCGCUGCGACCCUCCCCGGCAGUCCCGCCCGCCUCUCCUCGCCCUCUCUCUGCCUGGCCUCCAACUUUGCCUCUCGCUAUCCUCUCCGCCCGCGCCCCCUUUCCCGGCGGUCCCCGGGAUGGUCCCCGGCACCCCGAGGACGCCGAGGUUACGGGAAGUUCGGGGACUGGCGGGAGAAGGGGUUGGGGGGAGGUCCGCGGCGAGGGGCGCGGGGCGCAUCUUCUCUGCCUUUUAUGGUUCCUUCCUGCACUCUGGGACCCUUUUCUUUUGCCUGUUCUGGGAGCUGAGUGGGUCAGAUCAUCACAGGCCUGUGGCCCCUGCAUGGGUGGCAGAGGAGGCAAAGAUGACACAGAGAAACUGUCCCUUCAGGGACAAAGCGGGGACACCCACGAGCCUGGCUCUGCCUUACAAAGAAAUGAGAAAGAAGCCUGUUCCUGCUUUUCACCUUAGGGCUGCUACACUUGUGUGUCCCUUCUUCCUUGAAUUUAACCAGGAGUGAGCAGUGGAGACCUUCUUCCCUGUGAGAAGGAGGUGAAGCAGGACCUGAAAUCCCGUGCUCAGCUCCCACAGCCCCCAUGUCCAGGACGAGUCCUUUGCUGAAUCAGCGGCAGAUGCCACCCGGAGCCCUUCGGGAGCCUUUCCCUGUUCUUCCAGCAUGGAUCUGAAACUCCAUUCCCACUUUCUGCAGCCUCCAGAGAUAGUUCAGGUUCCAGCCUCAUGUGAUAGCAUGAAGAGAAACUGUGGUUCCAGUAGCCGUGUGUUCUGCUCCCCUCAUCCCAAACGACAAUUUAAAUGCACAAUUACACUUUUCUCUAAGGCCCAAAAUAGGAUGUGAAAGAUCGUUUUGCCAUCCCUGAAUGCCUGUCACCCUUGUUUCAUAAGGUAAGAUUGGGGAAGGACUUGGCCACUGCCCUUGCAGCUGAGAAACCAACUUUAGGAAUAAAGACACUC